CGUGAUUCAGCCUCUGAAGCGGAAGUGACGCAAGCCGUGCCCUUGACGGGCGGGCAGGGCCAAGCCGUGCCGGGUAGGAGGGGGCGGAGGCUGCGGGAGAGAAGAGGGCAGGGCGGCCUAGGUGCCUCUGCUCUCCGCUCGCUGCUAGCCGCUUGCUGCUCGCUCGUUCGGUCUCGUGGCCGCGCUCGCGCCGCAGGAGAUGGCUCAGCGUAUGGUCCUCAGGAGAUUUGUGGCCUCUCUCUUCUCCAGGAAGUUCCCUCAGUGUCAUUGGGCACCUCUUUCUCCUGAGGUUCUAGCCCAGGGCAACCCUGGCAGACCAGCUAUUGUACCCAGUUUGGCCCGGACAUUUUUUACCAGCAGGGUCUGUAAGGUUACAUUUAAUGUCCAGGAUGGGCCUGACUUUCAGGACAGAGUUGUCAACAGCCAGACACCAGUCGUUGUGGAUUUCCAUGCACAGUGGUGUGGCCCCUGCAAGAUCUUGGGCCCCCGGUUAGAGAAAAUGGUGGCAAAGCAGGAGGGGAAGGUGCUGAUGGCCAAGGUGGACAUUGAUGACAACACAGACCUCGCCAUUGAGUAUGAGGUUUCUGCUGUGCCAACUGUGCUAGCCAUCAAGAAUGGGGACGUGGUGGACAAGUUUGUGGGCAUCAAGGAUGAAGACCAGCUGGAGGCUUUCCUCAAGAAGCUAAUUGGCUGCUGAGCUAGACCUGCCUUUAUUUCCCCUCGGGCCCUCCUCCUAGAAGAACUCUAGUAUUUUCCACACUUCCUCACCCCUCAUCUAGCCCGCAUUGGCCCAGCCUGUGUCUUUCUGGGGAAAGGUUCUUCAUCUCCAAACUUGGGAGCCCGAAGCAUUUCCCAGUUAUCUUGACUGCAGAGGACUGGUACUUAGGGAAGUGGAGCUGCUGCUGGGGGUAAGGGGGGCUAGAGUGGUUUUCUUCUUCACAUGCUUGAUCCCUCCCCCCUCUCCUCCCAUCAUCACCUUCAAGCCCAGCCUAAUCUAAGCCCCAACUGUGAGAAGUUUGGAGAGAGACCUGUGGGCUCACCCAGUUUUGACUGUGAAAGCUUUGUCCUUGUCGUCCAGUCCCUUUGCUUUACCACAAAGGUUCUGUGACCCUGUGCCUGACCUACUUGCCACAUUUUCUCCUCUGAUGCUGUUUUGUAAAAGAAAAGAGAGAACAAGUAAUAUAUAGACAUAUAUAUGUGGUUCUCUCAUUUUUUGUAGGUCUGUAAUAAAGAGAACUUUACCAGUCACUUCUACCUCCUGCUCUGAAGAACAGACCCCAUGGUGCACCCUGAAAUUCCCUAGCAGUAACAGUCCCCAUCUACAAAAGACUUCCCUCCUCCUCCUCCUCCUGCUCCUCUUCUUUACGACCUCAAGGGUAUGAGAGCAGGAACUGGCCCUGGGGAGGAAGGGAGGAAUUCUGGAAAGCUCUUUAAAUGGAAGAGCCCUGAAGCCCUGCCUCACCUUAGCAUGGGAGUCCUCCAGUUUUAUGAGCAGGAGGUUUAACUGUGGACAAAUCAAAUAAAACCCCAGGGCUAAGCAGCAGAGAUACCUUCCAUCCUUCUAGAGACCAUCACUUUAAUUCUCUAGGACUGGACUCUGGUCUCAUUUCCUUAUCAGGUUGGCUCCUUACUGCGUUUACAAACAAGUGCACACACCCACCUCUUCUUGCUGCCUUCCCUACCCCCAGUCUUUGCAUUAAAACUGGACUGUCUGA